AUGGCAAUGGCCAAAGAAGCAUCCGCCUUAGAUUUUGAAAUGUCCAUGAGAACUAUGCGUCUAGAGAAGGAGUAUGAGAAGACUCUUUCGGAUUCCGCUCGUCUUCUGGACGGCGAGAGGGAUCGCGUACGACGUAUGGAGCUCUUGCUCUCAAAAUUCGAGAACGAAACUCUCCGAUCCCAGCUGGAAGAAGCAAAUGGACAUCUUUUGGGACUCACAAGUGCUGAUUCGGAGGCAUGUGCUCAACUUCAGGAGGCUUGCCAGGAAAUUGAUCAUUUGGAACUUCAAGCACAGGCAUCCUCGGGUGAGAUUAACCGACUCAAAGAAGAACUCUUGGCCCAGAAAAAUAGUUCGACCAGUUACAAUACUGUCCUUGCAGAGAAACUUCAUCUCUCCAGAGAUCUUUCAACUCUACAGUCAGAGCUUGAGCGGUUCAAAGCGCAAAAUGCAUCGUAUCAAGCUAUCAUUUCCGAGAAACAUGAGUUGGAACGGCAGAUAAACUCUCUGGAGCUUCAACUGGACAAUGAAAAACAUGCCCACGAACGUACCCAGGCCAAGGGAUCACAGCAAUUGACAGAGAUCACCCAGCUCUCUGCCCGAGUUGAAGAGUUGCGGAAUGAGCUAGCGGGAGAAUUACGAGCCAAACAGCAGCAGGAACGAGACAACCACCGUCAGAACUCGACAUGGGCCAAUCAGCGGGCGGCGUUUGAAGGGAAAAUCGAUUCGCUCAAACAACAAUUGCGGUCAACCAAGGACAAGCUCCAGGAAGCCCAGAUUGAAAUUCAGCAGCGACGCAGCCUCAAAUCACACGCAGGAAAUGACUCUGAAUCCAGUUCUCGUACAGUCCCACUUCAGCGCCCUGGUCCGAGUGGCCAUGCCGGCGUGACGAUUGCAACCCCUGGGGCUGUUCGUGUGCAAGAGAAAUUGAAGAGGGAUUCGGCCAUGCCUGGUGAUAAGUCGGCGUUUUCCAUCACUCCCUUCUUGAACCGCACAGGGGCACCUGCGGAUUCGCCAAUGAGCUCAGUUGGAGACGAAGACGAUAUUCUUGGAGAUACCGACACUCCUCGUGGACCACUUGGCAAACAAAGCACUUUUGGGGAAUCAAAGCGUAUGGGUUCUGCCCUCCGGCGCCAGCUAUCUCCAACAGAAGACCGCAUUCCAAGUACCAAAUUCACCAAAUCAAGGGCACGUGAUGGCGCAAUUCCUGCCUCAGCGGCGGAAAACGAGGUCAAGAAACCAGUCCAUCGCUUAGAUCACAGAGUGCCAUCCACUGAGACCGAUGAAUUACAUGAGCAGUUUGAGCAUGAACAGGCCAGGCCAAAAAAACGCAAACUUGGUGGUCAGCGGGAUCGGAGUUUGUUCGAUGAGGAGGAUGAAGAAGAGCCUCAACUCAAUAAGAAAUUUGGGCGAAAACUUGCAAUAGGAAAUGGUCGGGCUUCAACGCUGGGGAGUAGACCACAACCUGGUACCACUAGUCUACCACGGGCGCUCGGUCUUGGGGCAGCUCCCAUGGGAUUUUCUCCCUUGAAGAAAGAUCGCAGACGGUUUUAA